AUGUAUGUUUAUUCUCCCAUUCAUAUGACGUUCAAGUUAGAUCUUUGGCUUAUCGAGGACUCCAGAUUUUCAUCUAAUUUUGAUAAUAUCGGCUUGACGCCUCAAAUGGAACUUCUCAUGUCCACACAUGGCCAGCUAGGCCAUUUCUUCAAAACAUGCGACGCGCGUCUCCGAAUGAAGCGUGGGUUCACAGCGAAACCGAUAUUGCUCUUUCAUAUGGCUUAUCAGAUGGCGACUCUGGUUACAAUACCGCCUUUUCUGCGUCUGUUGAUCCGGGUGAAAGACCAACCUAAUGAUGCGUCCAAUGCUAUGUCACUCGUUUUACGAUCGAUCAGCAAUGCAGCUUCGUCCAUGGUCCGACUAGUUCAUCUCUAUCGGCUUCAUUAUACAUUCCAACAUGCCAAUCCUCUGUUGAUUCAUCACCUGUUAAGCGCUACAAUUGUUCACCUCAUGAAUACAACUUCUAAGUCGCGUGGUCUUCGGCGGCACAGUACGCGGUCAGUGCGAAGAUGUCUCGUUUUGUUAGAAGAGUUGAAACAAUUGUGGCCUGUCCGCUGCGCGAAGAGCACAGCUGUGAUAAAAUCGCUGGCGGGUAGAUGGGGAGUUGAGUCAGUCGUACAGCCAGAAGUCCACAUAUUCCAAACCGAGACCACUGGGUUGGAUGGUACCUCGAGAGAAAGCAUAUACACUGAUAUUGGCUACCCGCAAGCACCCAACAUUGAUGUCUUCACUGAGCACGAUCUAUUUAAUAUGGGAAUUGGCCUUGAAAUGGAACAGGACUAUGAUUUCAUCGAGGGACAUCAACCCGCCGCCCCCAACUUUGAUAUCAACAUAUCCGGCUACCUUCCUGAGAUCAAUGACAUGGGUGACUUGAAUUGGCUGUUCACUGGAUAA